AGAAUCUCUCGGAUCUCGGCGCGGACUACAAAACCAUCGGGCCGUGUCGAUGGCCCCGCCCGACGUGCGUUGCGCUAGCAGAAGCAACUGCCCUGCUUCUAUACGCGGUAUGAGCAGAGCAUGGCGGUUACCGUGAGAAAACUGCAACCGCCGAACGCAUUGCUGAGGUAGGGGUUACAUGGUCUGAUUCAGCAACAGCACACGAUGGAGAGUACUACGGUUGAGCCCGCCACCUUCCCAGCUCUAACCAAAACAUCAAGUGGCAUAGCCAACAAUCUCUUGACUGUCGUCACCAGCAUCAGCUUCUCGGACAAGCUACUCAUCACUGUCACUCAAGCCGGCAAGCUGGCGCACUGGGUACACGUUCCAUUGGCCACCGCCUCGCUUGACCCUCUUAAUCCGACAAGCAACAGUAGCUUUGCAAAUGCGGAUCCGGAGAAUGCACUGCUGCCAAGAAGCGACCUUACAGCUACUACGGUUCUUGGAGGUACGAAACGGGAAGACGAAGUCAUCGGGCAGACGCUGUGUACUACCGUAGCAUCUGCUAUACUGAUGAAGCGACCCGGUGAGGAGAGACUGCUCGUUAUGGGUCUUGGCUUACAGGACGCUACAUCGAUAGCUCGACAGGGUUUUGGAGAAAUCGUUGGAUUGAUUCUGGACUGCCUUUGAGGAUGCCAGCCUUAUAGAAGCCGUCUGACUCUGAAUGUCCUGCGAAUAAUGGCUGGCCGCCAAAAGGGCGCAACAUAUACGUCAGACAUUGACCCUGAAGAGUGUAGCGACGACCAAACGCUUCGUCGACGAAGCUGCGCAGCUAAUGGCUGUCCCCCAACGAAGCAACAGGCUGAGACAAGAUGCUGCCAGUUUGUUGCACGGCAGCUGGCGUAGGUUAAGACGAACGUCCGCCGAGGUGGCGUAAGGCAGGUUCACGACAGCAUUAGCGA